AGAGAGAGAGAAGCAGGGGAGAGAAAUAGACUCUCUGGUCUGUUUUUUUUCUGAGGCGAAUGGUAAGAACAGUAAAGACUGGGCUGCUGAAUUCACAGGUUUCUCUCCUGCACGCUCUUCUGCCUCCAUCUCUCUCUCUCUCUUACUUUCUUGCUCCCUCACUCAUUCUCUCUCUCUCUCUCUCACUCUCUUGCUCCCUCACUCAUUCUCUCUCUCUCUCUCUCCCUCUUUCCCUCCCCCUUACUGCUGCUCUCUCUUUGGUGGGGGUUGCUGUAUGUGUGUGUGUGCGCAAGCAGAGUGAAAUGGGAGGCCUUCAUUCAUCACAACUCAUCCAGGCGGCUCAUUGAAUCGGCUCAUUCACUCUCCGCGGCCGGACACGGUCAGCGGAGGGCAGUAGCGUGCGGAGCGUGGCAGUGGCAAUGGACACAGGUGUGGUUUGCUGGCAGCCAUGAGUGGAAUACUGAAGAGGAAGUUCGAGGAGGUGGAAGGGGCGUCGCCAUGCUCGUCGCUAAGGGAGUCCGAGGAGGAGGAGAUAUCGAGUAGUGAGAGCGGAGACAGUAGUGACAGCGUCAACCCCUCGGCCUCUCGCUUCACACCAUCCUCCAUCCUGAAGAGAGAGAAGAGGAUGAGAACUCGCAGGGUGCAUUUUGAGAAAGUGACGGUGUAUUAUUUCAGCCGGCGGCAGGGCUUCACCAGUGUGCCCAGCCAGGGUGGCAGCACCCUGGGAAUGUCCAGCAGACACAGCUCUGUCAGGCAGUACACACUGGGCGAGUUUGCCAAGGAGCAGGAGCGCUUACACAGGGACAUGCUGAGAGACCACCUGAAGGAGGAGAAACUCAACUCCAUCAAACUCAGGCUGACCAAGAAUGGAUCUGUGGAGUCAGAAGAAGCCAAUGCUCUCACACUGGAUGACAUCUCAGAUGAUGACCUGGACCUAGACAACACAGAGGUGGACGAGUACUUCUUCCUCCAGCCACUGACCACCAAGAAGCGCAGAGCCUUGCUACGUGCAUCUGGUGUCAAGAAGAUUGAUGUAGAGGAGAAGCACGAGCUGAGAGCCAUCCGGGUGUCCAGAGAGGACUGUGGCUGCGACUGUAGGCUUUUCUGUGACCCAGAGACCUGCGCCUGCAGCCUGGCAGGCAUCAAGUGCCAGGUAAACAUGCCUGUGGACCGCAUGUCGUUCCCUUGUGGCUGCACUAAAGAGGGCUGCAGUAACGCGGCUGGCCGGAUUGAGUUCAACCCCAUCCGGGUGCGCACGCACUUCCUGCACACCAUCAUGAAGCUGGAGCUGGAAAAGAGCCGGGAGCAGCAGCAGCAAAGCUCCGCCCCCACCCCCACUGCCAGCGGUUACCACAGCGACACCAAUGGCCACUGCAGCCCACUGGCAUCUGGCCAACACGCGCUAGAAUAUUCUCUGUCUGAGUCAGUACAGCAGAGUGCCAUCAUGCACCUACAAGCCGUGGACGACAUGGACGAGGCCCUGGAAGAAGAAGAGGAAGAGGAGGAGGAGGAGGAAGAGGAAGAAGAAGAGGACGAAGACGAUGAGGAAAAUGAAGACGACGAAGACGACGAAGACGAGAGCAGCAGUUUGUGCAGUCUGUCGGACUCGAGCACGCAGAGCCUGGCCAACAGCGAGGAAGAGGAGGAGGAUGAUGUUGACAACGAUGAAGACAAAGCGGAGGAGUUUGAGGACGGGCUGAGUGCUGUUCCUGUGUCACACAGCGAGGUGGUUCCUGCAUCUUCUGUGAUGUGCUACUCAGAGAGCGCAAUCACACAGGAGAACCAGACUAACGGCAACUCCUACUUUAUCAACUCUUCAGCUGAGUACUAUCAGAUGGAGAACACCUCUAUUUUAGCUGCUGCUAGCCAGGCUAGCGAGAGCUAUGGAGGCGACUCCACUUCAUAUCAAGACAGGGUUAACAACUCUAAUGGAGUGAUGACACAGGGACCCUUUAGCAUGACCACUGAGCAUUACACUGACUACUCACAGCCCUCUGAGGAACAAUAUGCCAAUCACCAUUAUACCCUCACUAAUGGAUCCUCAGCUGUUAUUGGCUGCUGCGAACCAGAACAGGACCAAAGUGUCCAAUCGAAAGGGACCUUCCACAGCCAGUCAGGAGAGCUCAGUCAGAUGGAGUUCCAGAACUAUCUAAACAAUAACACACAGGAUGGCUACACGACGAACGGGAACUGUUUUGUGGUAGAGCAGCCAAAGGAGGUUUCGUCUUUAGCAGAUGCCACCAAAGGACCUCCAAUGCUGGAGCCUUUUGCUGAGCCCACGCCAGUUUAGAUACCUACACUACAUCCUUGAGGAGGAGAAAUCUUUCAACUGGUAAGGUAUGAAGUAUUUGAUUGAGAGACCACACAGACUGACAGAAUGGCCUUUGUUCCUGCACUUGAAGGAGUUUCAUUUGAUCACAUUGACAUAUAUGACAAUAGAGAGAAGGAUUCAUACCAUAUGUAUUUUUCAAAGAGCCAGGAAAAAAAAUCAGUAAUUUAAAGUGCAAACUGAGAUCAGAUAACAUAAACUGUAAGCUUUAGGCCUGUGCAAUGUAUCUUGUAUUUCAAAAGUAAAAGUUCUAGUUUUGAGCAGAUAUUGUGGAUAGAACUUUUCUAUGUCUGUGUGUCAGUGGUGCAAAAAAAAAAAAGUUGCUGUUCAUUAAUAUGUUCGGGAAAAUGUGUAUACUUAAUUGUUUUGAUAAAAAAGCAUGUUAUUUUGUAGCUUUCGUUGGCAAUUUAUGGUUUUUGUAAGAAUUUGCAUUGAUGUACUGUAAAAAGGUUGAGUUCUCGUUGUUACAUAUGUAUAUCAUGCUUUUAAAGCAUUUGUAAAAGCAUGAAGCCCGCUCUUGAAAUGUUUGCUGUUUCUGCCUUUGAUUACAAUACCAAAAUCACAAGAUUUUAGUUGUGAAUAUACUACAUUUCAUGAAAAUAAUGCACUUUUCCAGGGGGGUUGUGCCACACUGAAUGGCAAAUAGUCUUUCGCAGAGCACUGACAAGGUGGACUUUCUCUUACUGUACCAUUAUUUAAUCCUCAUCACAACAUUCAGGUUUUUGGAGAGUGAGAGAAAGAAAGAGUUCCUCAUUUCAGCAUUUCCAACUAUUAUCUUUGGGGCUAUACAGGGACAUGAUGAAAUGCACUUUGAAGAGCAUCAAGUUCAUUGUAAUGAGGCAUUGCAUAUCUUUGAAAUGAAGGUAUGAUAUAUAACAGUGUUUAAAUUAUAAAACUGUGAAGUCUAUGGAAACAAAGAAUUAAAUACACAAAUAGAAUGAAUAUUUCUAAUAUUAGAUUUGUAGCAAGGUUGAUAUUAUCACAGAACUCCUUAUUAUGAGAAGAACCAGGUAUCUGGUUAAGAAAGAGUUCUAAUUUCUCAUACAUUUUAAUAAGAUAGCAGCAUAAGAUCAUUUCCCUGUCUAAUGUGCUACUAUGUACUGCAGUUGAAAGAAAUGCAGUCCAGUUUUACUGGAAAAUCUGAUAAAGAUAUGUUAAAUUUGGUAGUAGCUGUAUAUUGAAUUGACUUAUCUGAUGAGUAAUUAAUUUUGAUAAAUUUACUAUAUAAGAAUGAAUGAAUUUUAAAGACUAAUUAGUUUGUCAAGUGCAAUAGUGUACUAAAAUGGGUUUCAUACAAGCAACAUUUAUGUUCAAGGCUAUUUUUCAGUCCUUCCCAGAUCUCAAUUUCAGUUAAUCUACUGAUGGAUCUUAAAAUGAAGUCUUAUUUAACGCACAAACGUUGUGGCAUAUGUCUUCUUAAUGUUUAGAGGACAUGUAGUCUUUGUUAAAACGGUCGUUUCUCAAAAAAAGCAUAAGAUAGGACAAUCAUAUUCCUAUAGUGAUUUUCGCCAGUGUGCAGGAGAAACACAAACCUGACCUCAGCAAGUGUAGAAACAUAAUCCUUUUACAGGAAAUAAGGCCAUAAAUGACUUACUUGUAGAACAAAGUGGAAACUUCAGACUAAAUCAUUGAACAAAUAAGGAGAAUCAUUGAAUGUUCCUAGAAAAGAAAAAUAAAUGAAAUCGUUUGGAAGGUAAACAGGAAUGUUGCCUUUGCUGUGGCUCGCAGAAUCUAAAGUGAAUGCCUUUCUUUUUCAGUCACGAUCGCUUUGCGUUUUCUCCGUUGGGGAAAGCGAGAGCUCAUGUCAUAAGCUAAAGUCCUUAUACUUCGGUUUUGCCUUGAAAGAUAAUGUCACAAUAUUUCUACAGUCUGUGUUUUUUUUGUUCAUUUACCUCUUGACUUACUGACAGUGCUCGUAUAACCUCAUUCUCUGGUGGAGUAGGAACAAUGUACAGCCUUCAGGCCGAAGCAGCCUGAGCUGAGCUAGCAGUGCUAAAGCCUUUAGCAACAGGCUCCAUUCACCACACUGCAGCCCUGUUAGCAUCCCCGGGACAUUCUGUUUGCAGUAUUUAUUAUGAAUGAUCUAUUGAAAUGUGUAUUUAUUGUGGUUUCCUGAAACAGUAGCUAUGUAUUGAAUAAAACCUUUCUUUGCUAA